AACUGGUAUAACUAAAUUACUGGUUCAUAAUACUUUUAGCUUUACAUGAGGCAUUACUUCAAGAGUGCAGAGCACAAUACCCUUGCGGAUGUUUGGGAAGCUGGCAAAAAGUAUGUUCUAGCUUAUCAAGAUAUUACACGUCUACUUGCUGCAUUCUGGUUACUUUUCGCGGUGAAAAUGUUUGCGAAUUCGGUUUCAACGUUGUCAACAAUAUUGUCAAUGUGGGGAGGGGAAGGGAGGGGAGGCGGAAAAUUUAGGUGAAAACCCAACCUAGUAUCCACAGUAUGUUUAAGUCCGUUCAGACCGCAGGUGUUAAACUCAAGAACUGAACUAAGAUGUGUCUUCCUUGAAGCUUUUCAUGACUUACUAUGUUAUAAAAUGAUUUUAGGACAGAUUAUCUAUCAUUAAGUUAUUUAACAUGCAGUUGUUGCUGCAAUUUCGAAACUCGACUAAGUUUCUAGUUCCUUGACUUGACAUCUUUCGCAUAUUAAACUGACUCUCAUGACAAUCCAAUGAGCCAAAAUUUAACCCCUUGAACCAAUGACCAACUGGUAAACUCCCCCAACUUGAGAAUAUAUAUUUCAGCAUAUUGUUUAACUGAGAAGGACUGUUUUGACGUUAACUAUAUCAUGGCAAUUCACAGUGGUACUCAAUUCUCAUGACCCGAGCAAUUAACUUGUUGACUUGACAACAAGAAACUUGAUGUUGAUUGUAAACACAUCAAGAGGUAGACUGAAAAUUUGCCUUCUAUGAGGAGCCUCUAAAUGAUUCUCUGCUGUUCUACUUUUUGUAACUAUUCUCUUUAUUACGUAUCUGAUUUUUUUAUUAUUAAUAUAGUUUUAUCUCAAGCCAGGUAUUUAACUGCCAAUGAGAUUAUUUGAAAUGCAAAUCUAUAUACUCUUAACAAAUCGAAACAAACAAGUUUAUCCCGUCACCAUAGUCACGCAUAUCUCAGUCAUUGGUCAAAAAUGUUUCCGACCUCCGCGGAAUUGUGCCAGAGUUUGAUAUGAAACAAAAUUCGUCGGCCAUGCCACCGGCCGGAGUUUAUCCCGUAUAUUUCCGUAGCCGUGAAACCACUAGUAGAAGUACUUCUACUUCUUCCUGGAUGGGUUGUUAGCUAUAGUCCAGCGCAGGGUUAUAUAUAUAGGGUUGAAGGUUACGUUAAGGCCAGGCAUUGCUUUUUUCAUUGCCUCAUCCAUCACGUAAUUGCUUCAAAAACUAUUUAUUUCCACUUCUCGUCGAGCGAAAGUCAAGCCAGUGACAAGGUAUGGUAAGAAACCUAUAACCGUUGACCAAUCAUAUCGGGAGCAACGCCACCUGACCAUGGGACGAAAACAAAACAGAAAGAAAUAAUGAAUGACGACGACAAUCAACAAGAAUAUUUAAAACAAAUUACAGAAAGGAAGACUUUCGAUUUAAGUAUUUUGCUUUAUCGAUGUUUAAGUAAACCCUCGUGCCAUUGAGAUUGUUGUAUGAAUUCUACAAGGUUGUCCAAGCUACGGCCAUUGUUAGAAUACUAAAUGAAAAUGUGCCAAAGAGAAGAGAUGUCAUCGUCGCCUCGUGGCUGCAAGCUUCUUGGAAAGCCCUUCGUAAAUUCUAAGAAUUAAAUUAUGAGGGGGUUACCCUAAGCAACUGAAGCGAAACUUUUUUCCCCGCUGGCAAAUGUGAUUCGCUAAGCAAAAAAUUGGGGAAAAUACCCGCUUAAACUGACUGAGUUAUUCUAUUUUCUCUGCAAAACAUGAGUCAUUUGCAACAUUAGCAUUAAACAUUUUUCUCACAGCAAUAUCAUGGAGGGAAAUUUUGACGACGUGUUUAAUUUGUACCUUACUGGUGAAGGACAACGUAUUACAGAACCUCCAUGGACCGAAGGAGCCGAUUUGUUCGAGAAAAACAUCAGUUUAGUAGGCGAAGAUCGCGAUGUCCAAGAUCUCUUCGACGGUGAAGCAACGAACGAAGCCAAUGACUUUUCAUCUGAAUCUGAAACCGAGAGUUUUUAUCAUCCUCCAGAUGUGAAAGAAAUAAGCGAUGAAGAAAUACAAAGUCUACGUGUGCAGGAGCUUAACAAACUUCUUCGGGACCUCCCGAGGGACGAGGCCGCCAGGAUAAGAAAGAGGCGACGUAACUUGAAGAACCGAAGCUAUGCUCUGACUUGUCGUCUUCGGAAACAGCGCGAGCACGAAGAUCUGAUGAAUGAGAAUACCUCGUUGAAAAGACAGCUGGAAGAUGAAAGAAGAAAACUGAAGAACGUGUGGAAUGAAAAAGAGGAAUACAAGAAAAAAUAUGCGCAGCUUCAGAGCGCCUUUGAUGUUCACAAGCAAAACAAGACGACUCAAAACACGUCAUCAGGUCGCUAGAGACUAAGCUCGCUACAAUUCUACGUGCUUCAAACAUUUACAGUAGACUGGUUCCAAAGAACAGUUAUACAUAUCAUAAGUUUCUUUCAUAUUUGCUUCGGCAAGUGCUUUUAACAUACAUAAUCAAAGCAAACCACCUUCAAGGGUUUGGAUGCUGUUUCCACCGUCAGGUAGAACUGUAAGGUCCUUCGGUAAUUUAAUAGCAUUUGGCAAUGCUAAAGGGUUGAGUAGCAUCUAAAUAACAGCAGAUACAGCUCUUAGCAUUGAUCUAAGGAUGCAGAAAUACCAACUGUGUGGAACACAUUUACUAAUUUUAUAUUACAAAGUUUUAUUUAUGAAGUGCCACAGGCAUGGAAUGGUGGCAGUGAGCACAUAAAUCAUUCAAAAAACGACUAAUGGAAGAAAUAUAAGCGAGAGAGAACGUAUAAUUUAAAUUUAGUUUUAUUAUAGUGGUGUUCACUUAAUAUAACAAUAACAUCACAAAACACCAGCUACGUAAAGAGGUUUGCGGUAGUUUAUAGGAGAGAGAAACCGGCGAACGCAAGACAAGUGACCAUGUCGCUAUUUCGAGCUCGAGCUAUGUGCAACCGCAGUGAUAAAUAUAAAAAUAAAUAAUGAAAUGAAAGAUUGUAACUUUAAUUGUCAAUGUAAAUCGGUUCUAUAUAAUGCUCAGAGGAUGUUUAGUCUGAAAUAACGAAAAAUUGUUGCAAUAACAAUUGUUCAGACAGGUAAAUAUCUGGCAUAAAUUCAAAAAAUGUUCCCACCAAAAUCUUGUUUUGUUAAACAGUUUGAAGCUAAAAAUAAAAAUAAAAGAUAACAAAAAUACUGAGAGCUAAAUUUGGUUCAAGGUUAAAAUAAACUUCCACCUGGCAAGCCGUAUCUUAUUUUGAACUUGACAUAACGGUAAUCAAAAAAAAUUUGGUUUGUUUUCUUUUGUUUUUCUUUUGUCUUUUUAAUGGCCAAUUUAAAAGAAAUCAUUAUAACGCUUUCUGCUUUAAACAAAUGAUAGGUAUGUUUAUUAUAAUUACGCUAUUUAUAAAACUUCUGCGGAUUUCUUGCAGCGGUGAGCUGACAUAAUAAUGUGCAGCAUUUUUAAAUAAAAAUAAUGAUAAAAGUAUUUCCAAACCUUAUUUCAUGCACUCCGGUUUCAUAUACGUAUUUAUAAAAGGAU